AUGGACGCCACUGUCCGUGAAGUACAGCAGGAAACCGGCCAGGCUUCCUCUGCAAAUACAAUGGAACAGCAAGGACGGCAGGCAAUUACCGAGCGAGAGACUCGUCGAAUGCUUCGCCACGUAGGCCUGGAAGGUGAGUCGGAUGAGGAUGAGGUCACUUCAAGGGACCGAAGUCCCGACCACGUUGUUCUGUUCUUCGUUGAACUCGCGCCCAACUCGACGAGCGGCGGUGCAAAGUGCAGGCUUCCGUGCUGCACGAAGAUCAUUCGACCUGGAAUUUACCGUGUCGCUGUCAAUCCGGGGACGAAUGGUCCGUCCUGGCUGCGUGGUUCCAAUAAAACCUCAGGUAUCGUUCUGUUCUCUUCGCAUCCUAUUUCCUCCUUUGUCUGGUAUUACAGGCUGGUGCGAGACUGA